GUUUGUAUUCAUGUAUGUUUUGUGAUCUCCGUACGUAGUUUGGUGCCGGCUUCUUUGAAGCAGCAAAUCUCGAAAUUCCUCUGCAGUUCAGUGUUUGCUCUUUCUUUUUCGGUUUUAUUGUGUUAAUCUUUACUCAUGAUGGCUGAUCUUCACGCCACCGCCGUAAGUCAAGAUGCACUUAGCGCCGUGCAGCUAGAACUAGGUGGCAACCCCAAUGCCUUGGCUCUAAGAAGACCUUUUGAUCCUGUUGCUCAUGACUUGGAGGCCACUUUCCGUCUUACUCGCUUUGCUGAUUUAAAAGGAUGAGGGUGUAAGGUCCCCCAGGAAGUUUUAUCUAAACUCCUGGAGGGACUUCAACAUGACGAAAGUUCAAUCCAAGAUGAGCACGCACAUUUCAUGCACAUGGCCAUCCCCCGGAUCGGUAUCGGAAUGGAUGCGUCUGUUACUCCGCUGAGGCAUGGAGGUUUGUCACUAGUUCAGACCACUGACUUCUUCUACCCACUAGUUGAUGAUCCUUACAUGAUGGGAAAAAUUGCCUGCUCGAAUGUACUUAGCGAUUUGUAUGCAAUGGGAGUGACGGAAUGUGAUAAUAUGCUGAUGCUGCUGGGUGUCUCAACUAAAAUGACGGAAAAGGAGAGAGAUGUUGUUGUUCCAUUAAUCAUGAGAGGCUUCAAGGAUGCUGCUGUAGAAGCUGGUACGAAUGUCACUGGUGGUCAAACUGUAGUGAAUCCGUGGUGCACAAUCGGUGGAGUUGCCACAACCAUCUGUCAGCCUAAUGAAUAUAUUGUGCCAGAUAAUGCAGUUGUCGGAGAUGUCUUGGUCCUCACAAAACCUCUAGGGACACAAGUUGCUGUCAACGCUCACCAGUGGCUUGACAUUCCAGAGCGUUGGAAUCGUAUCAAGCUUGUUGUUUCAGAUGAAGACAUUCGGAAAGCAUACCAGCGAGCAAUGGACUCAAUGGCAAGACUCAACAGAACUGCUGCAAGACUAAUGCAUAAAUAUAAUGCUCAUGGUGCUACGGAUGUGACAGGGUUUGGUCUUCUAGGUCACGCACAAACACUAGCUAAGAAUCAAAAGAAUGAAGUGUCCUUCGUCAUUCACAACUUGCCUGUCAUUGCUAAAAUGGCCGCUGUUGCUAAAGCCUGCGGCAACAUGUUCCACCUCCUUCAAGGAAAUGCUGCUGAGACAUCUGGUGGCCUGUUGAUCUGUUUGCCCCGAGAACAGGCUGCAGCUUACUGCAAGGAUAUUGAAAAGCAAGAAGGUUACCAAUCGUGGAUUAUUGGCAUUGUUGAGAAAGGUAAUAGAACAGCCAGAGUAAUUGACAAGCCUCGUGUGAUUGAAGUUCCUGCUAAAGAAAAAGACGGUGAGUUGUGGUAGAGAGUGUGCACUGCGUCAAUAUUUUAUCUUGUCUACUAAAUGAUAAAAUACUGUCCCAAGUUAUUUAGAACAUGUCAAUAACAUUAAUGUAAAAACUUGUAUCUUAAGCAAAUUUAACUUUCAGAGAAGUAUUAAUACUAAAUUUUAUCAGACUUUCCCCACCUCUUUUAACUCUCUCUUGGUGUCCUCCAUGACACUAGUUAUGAGUGGAAAUUUAUAUCUUGUUUGAAUGGUGAAUUAGGCUACUGACAGCUUUGAUGCAAGUGAAGUCAAAAACAUUUUUUGAGCCUCUAAAAUAUAAAAUCAGUGAAACAAGGGGAACUAUUAUCACCAAUUCUUUUGAUCUUUCAUAUUUUUUCUGAAGAUAGGUUUUUAGUCGAUUUUUUGCAAUAUUCUUUCCACUGUUAUUUUUAUAAUUCUUUCUAUAUUGAUUGAGACACUUUCUUUCAACUCUUCUUUGAUUGAUAGUCUUGAGUGGUGGGUUCUUGGUUUGUAAAUACUAUUCUAUCCGGAACCCGCUCACUAUGCAAGCCUGAACAUACUGUGGAGGUGUUUAUGAGAGUUUGUUCUCAAUUCCUUUCUCAUUUUUUAACUUCUCUUUUGUUAUCAGAAUUUUUAUUUUUAUUAAUUUUUUUAUUCAUCCAUUUCUCUGUCAUUCAUUCCCCUUUACAAACUUCAUGCUGUAUAUGAAGUUUUUGAAUUUUCUUGCUCUACUUUAUCAUUGUCAACUAAGCACUAUCUUCGGGUGUUAGGAUUCUCAUCUGUUUUUAUUUAUUUAUUUAUUUAUUUUUUUUUUUUUUUUUGCUUGUCUCAUGUAAUUUAUUUUAAGUGAAAGAUCUUCAAUUUCCUAGAGAAAGUUUUAUCAUUUGAUUACUGUCCUUCAGCGAAGUUUCAGGUUUUUAUGUCCUAAGUUUGUUGACUAGCUUUGAUGGAAUUCUUUCCGUUUUUCAAAUAUUUUAACUGACCUAUUAUUCUGAAGUUUCCCAACUAUCCAACAUCUCAGUCUUUGAAACAACAUUUCUGUCAUCCUUUGAAGGAAGUCGGAAAAUCAUAAAUCAACUUAGUAUUCAGGAUUGUAAAUGACAAUUGUUUUCUGGUUCAUUGUCACUAUUUUUGGCCGUGAAGUACAAUUACUCUUAAAAUUUUAUAGAAACCUGAAGUUUUCCAGCUGUAAAUUUUGAUGGACUCUAUGUAUUCUUUGCCCUCAAUUUUUUAAGUAUAUAUGUCCAGUAAAUGAAACCACAUCUUACCUUGAAGAAAUGAAUAAAAGAUUCUUCCCGGAAA